AUGGAGGCGCUGGAGGUUUUGGGGGGCUACCCGAACAAGCCCUCGAACCCUCGAUCACGAAUGGUCAGGGUUCUACUGAGUAUGACUGUUGUUAUGGGAUGUUUAUUAACGCUACAUAGUUUUCUCAAAAUCACUAAGUCGCGGAAGCCGCAAGAUUUCUACUCUUUUGAGGUGAAGGACGCCAAAGGGAGAAGCGUUUCUCUGGAGAGGUACAGAGGCAAAGCGUCUCUGGUUGUCAACGUGGCGAGCCACAGCGAACACACAGAGAAUAACUAUCGCUCUCUGCAAGAGCUGCACCGGGAACUGGGGACGUCCCAUUUCAACGUGCUGGCUUUUCCCUGCGGCCAGUUCGGGGAGACCGAGAUGGGGACCAGCCGGGACAUCGAGGCCAACGCCAAGAACACCCAUGGCGUCACCUUCCCUAUUUUCAGUAAGAUCAAAAUCAUGGGAUCGGAGGCGGAGCCAGCUUUCAAAUUCAUAACAGAUUCUGCAAAAAAGAUUCCGAAGUGGAACUUCUGGAAGUUCCUGGUGAACCCUGAGGGCCAGGUGGUGAGGUACUGGAAGGCAGAGGAGCCCGUCGACAGCGUUCGUCAGGAGGCCACGGCCAUGGUGCGCGAGAUCAUUCUGAAGAAAAGGGCAGAGCUCUAACAGCGUGGGACUUGUCAAGACAGGAGUGACGACACCUCUGAGUCCAAUUAAACGUUCCUGGGGUUACUGUGCGACGGACGGACAUUUCAACACACUUUGUUAUGAUUUGACCACUUUGACAAACUUUGCAGAAGAUCAUGUUCAUUGCACUGUAGGUGGGUUUAGAAUUUUACUGGAUGGCAACAGGACUAGAAUAAGAGCCUGUGUGUGUGUGUGUGUGUGUGUGUGUGUGUGUGUGUGUGUGUGUGUGUGUGUGUGUGUGUGUGUGUGUGUGUGUGUGUGUGUGUGUGUGUGUGUGUGUGUGUGUGUGUGUGUGUGUGUGUGUGUGUGUCUCUCUCUCUCUCUGUGUCUCUCUGUGUGUGUGUGUGUGUGUGUGUGUGUGUGUGUGUGUGUGUGUGUGUGUGUGUGUGUGUGUGUGUGUGUGUGUGUGUGUGUGUGUGUGUGUCUCUCUCUCUGUGUCUCUCUGUGUGUGUGUGUGUGUGUGUGUGUGUGUGUGUGUGUGUGUGUGUGUGUGUGUGUGUGUGUGUGUGUGUGUGUGUGUGUGUGUGUGUGUGUGUGUGUGUGUGUGUAAUAUAGAUUUUCUUUGUGUCAGUACUCUCUGGUAGCUGCAUGUACACAUGGCCAUCUUGUUCAGUUUGUCUUGUUCUGAGAUAGAUUAAAGACUGUUAUGUUUAUCAAUGUUUAAAUCAAAGUCUAUUUGUCACGUGCGCCGAAUACAAAAGUGAAAUGCUUACUUACAGCCUCUAACCAAUAGUGCAGAAAAGGUAUUAGGUGAACAAUAGAUAAGUAAAGAUAUAAAACAACAGUAAAAAUACAGGAUAUAUACAGUAGAGAGGCUAUAUACAGUAGAGAGGCUAUAUACAGUAGAGAGGUUAUAUACAGUAGAGAGGCUAUAUACAGUAGAGAGGCUAUAUACAGUAGAGAGGUUAUAUACAGUAGAGAGGUUAUAUACAGUAGAGAGGCUAUAUACAGUAGAGGCUAUAUACAGUAGAGGUUAUAUACAGUAGAGAGGCUAUAUACAGUAGAGAGGUUAUAUACAGUAGAGAGGUUAUAAACAGUAGAGAGGCUAUAUACAGUAGAGAGGCUAUAUACAGUAGAGAGGUUAUAUACAGUAGAGAGGCUAUAUACAGUAGAGAGGCUAUAUACAGUAGAGAGGCUAUAUACAGUAGAGAGGCUAUAUACAGUAGAGAGGCUAUAUACAGUAGAGAGGUUAUAUACAGUAGAGAGGCUAUAUACAGUAGAGAGGUUAUAUACAGUAGAGAGGCUAUAUACAGUAGAGAGGCUAUAUACAGUAGAGGCUAUAUACAGUAGAGAGGUUAGAUACAGUAGAGGCUAUAUACAGUAGAGAGGUUAAAUACAGUAGAGAGGCUAUAUACAGUAGAGAGGCUAUAUACAGUAGAGAGGUUAUAUACAGUAGAGAGGCUAUAUACAGUAGAGGCUAUAUACAGUAGAGAGGUUAUAUACAGUAGAGAGGUUAUAUACAGUAGAGGGGCUAUAUACAGUAGAGGCUAUAUACAGUAGAGAGGUUAUAUACAGUAGUGAGGCUAUAUACAGUAGAGAGGUUAUAUACAGUAGAGAGGUUAUAUACAGUAGAGAGGCUAUAUACAGUAGAGAGGUUAUAUACAGUAGAGAGGUUAUAUACAGUAGAGAGGCUAUAUACAGUAGAGAGGUUAUAUACAGUAGAGAGGUUAUAUACAGUAGAGAGGCUAUAUACAGUAGAGGUUAUAUACAGUAGAGAGGCUAUAUACAGUAGAGAGGCUAUAUACAGUAGAGGUUAUAUACAGUAGAGAGGUUAUAUACAGUAGCGAGGCUACAUAUAGACAGCGGUUAGUCAGGCUGAUUGAGGUAGUAUGUACAUACAGACACCGGUUAGUCAGGCUGAUUGAGGUAGUAUGUACAUGCAGACACCAGUUAGUCAGGCUGAUUGAGGUAGUAUGUACAUACAGAUACCGGAGAGUCAGGCUGAUUGAGGUUAGUAUGUAGUCAGGCUGAUUGAGGUUAGUAUGUAGUCAGGCUGAUUGAGGUAGUAUGUACAUACAGAUACCGGUUAGUCAGGCUGAUUGAGGUAGUAUGUACAUACAGAUACCGGAGAGUCAGGCUGAUUGAGGUUAGUAUGUAGUCAGCCUGAUUGAGGUUAGUAUGUAGUCAGGCUGAUUGAGGUUAGUAUGUACAUACAGAUACCGGUUAGUCAGGCUGAUUGAGCUUAGUAUGUACAUACAGUCACCGGUUAGUCAGGCUGAUUGAGGUAGUAUGUACAUGCAGACACCGGUUAGUCAGGCUGAUUGAGGUAGUAUGUACAUACAGACACCGGUUAGUCAGGCUGAUUGAGGUAGUAUGUACAUACAGACACCGGUUAGUCAGGCUGAUUGAGGUAGUAUGUACAUGCAGACACCGGUUAGUCAGGCUGAUUAAGGUAGUAUGUACAUACAGUCACCGGUUAGUCAGGCUGAUUAAGGUAGUAUGUACAUACAGACACCGGUUAGUCAGGCUGAUUGAGGUAGUAUGUACAUGCAGACACCGGUUAGUCAGGCUGAUUGAGGUAGUAUGUACAUACAGACACCGGUUAGUCAGGCUGAUUGAGGUAGUAUGUACAUGUUUAAUGUAGUACAAUCAUAAAAUAAACUGUUAAUGUAGAAGUUCAAGUAAUCAACUUAAAGGGACCUUGUUUCAUUGAUUCAUAGAAGGAAUAGUAUUUUACACGUUUGAUACAAUGUUGACCUUAAAAAAUCCUAUUUGUGAUAUGGAAGGCUGUGUAACUGCUGAACUCAACACAUUGUGACAGAGAUUCUAUCUCCUCCUUUAAAAAAAAAUAUAUAUAUAUAUUUAACUAGGAAAGUCAGUUAAUAAGAACAAAUUCUUAUUUACAAUGACGGUCUACCCUAACCAAAGCCAGAUGACACUGGGCCCAUAGUGCACUUCCCUAUGGGACUCACAGUGAUGUAGCCUGGAUGUGAACCAGGGACUACAGUCUUGAACAGAGACGCAGUGCCUUAGACCGCUGCACCACUCGGGAGCAUCCUAUCUCCUCACCUUCACGACCGUGUUGGAGAAGGACCACGGUCCAACGUCCCGUCGAGCAGGACUUCUUCACCUUCACGACCGUGUUGGAGAAGGACCACGGUCCAACGUCCCGUCGAGCAGGACUUCUUCACCUUCACGACCGUGUUGGAGAAGGACCACGGUCCAACGUCCCGUCGAGCAGGACUUCUUCACCUUCACGACCGUGUUGGAGAAGGACCACUGUCCAACGUCUCCAGGAAGGAUCAACCAACCGGGUCAUCAGGAGGGAUCAACCAACCGGGUCAUCAGGAGGGAUCAACCAACCGGGUCAACCAAUGAAUUAUACUUGUGAAGAAGAAAAUGUAUAUAUAUAUGUAAAUGUAAAAUGUACUACUUCGUUUCCAUUUAGAGGAUGAUGCUCUCAUCCAGAGCGACUUACGAUGGAGAUGAUCUCCAUGGUGCUGCCCAUGCACCUCACAGACGCCAUGAUGAGGCAGAGAUGUCUAUCCAAGUCAAUGGAACGUGCACCUCACAGACGCCAUAAUGAGACAGAGAUGUCUAUCCAAGUCAAUGGAACGUGCACCUCACAGACGCCAUGAUGAGGCAGAGAUGUCUAUCCAAGUCAAUGGAACGUGCACCUCACAGACGCCAUAAUGAGACAGAGAUGUCUAUCCAAGUCAAUGGAACAUACUCAGAGUGGCAGGGUAGACUAGUGGUUAGAGUGUAGAGGCGGCAGGGUAGCCUAGUGGUUAGAGUGUAGAGGAGGCAGGGUAGCCUAGUGGUUAGAGUGUAGAGGCGGCAGGGUAGCCUAGUGGUUAGAGUGUAGAGGCGGCAGGGUAGCCUAGUGGUUAGAGUGUAGAGGCGGCAGGGUAGCCUAGUGGUUAGAGUGUAGAGGCGGCAGGGUAGCCUAGUGGUUAGAGUGUAGAGGCGGCAGGGUAGCCUAGUGGUUAGAGUGUAGAGGCGGCAGGGUAGCCUAGUGGUUAGAGUGUAGAGGCGGCAGGGUAGCCUAGUGGUUAGAGUGUAGAGGCGGCAGGGUAGCCUAGUGGUUAGAGUGUAGAGGAGGCAGGGUAGACUAGUGGUUAGAGCGUAGAGGCGGCAGCGUAGCCCAGUUGUGAGAGAGUUGGACUAGUAACCAAAAGGUUGCUAGAUCAAAUCCCCGUGUUGACAACUUAACAAUCUGUUGUUCUACCCCUGAACAAGGCAGUUAACCCACUGUUCCUAGGCUGUCAUUGAAAAUAAGAAUUUGUUCUUAACUGACUUGCCCUAGUUAAAUAAAUACUCUCACAGAUGCCAUAAUGAGACAGAGAUGUCAAUGGAACAUAUUUGGAGAGGCAGGUAGCCCAGUUGUGAGAGAGUUGGACUAGUAACCAAAAGGUUGCUAGAUCAAAUCCCCGUGUUGACAACUUAACAAUCUGUUGUUCUACCCCUGAACAAGGCAGUUAACCCACUGUUCCUAGGCUGUCAUUGAAAUCCCAAGGAAUUCCUAGUUGAUUGCUAUUGACCGGUUGAUCUCCUAGUCGAUUGUCAAAGAAGUUCUGUCCCAAAGAUUCGAGCCUAGCGGAACUGGGUAGGUGCAAACUGUUCAUAUGUCUGAAGGUACAAACUGUUCAUAUGUCUGAAGGUAUAAACUGUUCAUAUGUCUGAAGGUACAAACUGUUCAUAUGUCUGAAGGUAUAAACUGUUCAUAUGUCUGAAGGUACAAACUGUUCAUAUGUCUGAAGGUGCAAACUGUUCAUAUGUCUGAAGGUAUAAACUGUUCAUAUGUCUGAAGGUACAAACUGUUCAUAUGUCUGAAGGUACAAACUGUUCAUAUGUCUGAAGGUACAAACUGUUCAUAUGUCUGAAGGUGUAAACUGUUCAUAUGUCUGAAGGUACAAACUGUUCAUAUGUCUGAAGGUACAAACUGUUCAUAUGUCUGAAGGUACAAACUGUUCAUAUGUCUGAAGGUGUAAACUGUUCAUAUGUCUGAAGGUACAAACUGUUCAUAUGAUCAUAUCAGAUGAUCAUAUCUGCAGUAACGUAGCAGAUGUAAAAAUAAAGCAAAAUCAAAGUUGA